CCAUAUUUUAAAUUCUUAAUUUUGCAAAAGCUCAUCAGAGAGAAUGAAUAGAUAAAUGAGAAAAAGUAGUAAUAAUUUAGUGAGCGUUUGGUUGGUACCGGUAGGCAGAGGCUCUCCUUCACCUCCAUUUCCCGAUUCUGGUCACCUUCUCCAUCCCCCUCGCGAAGCUGAAUCCAUCCCCACAGCAGCUUCGACGGAUUUGAAUCCGCGAGUGAUUGUUCAGUUCGGGAAGAAGAUGUUUUCGAUUGUUAGACAGAAGGUCUUCAAUGGAGGCUCCGCUGCUACGGCUCUAGGGCAGACAUUGCAGAGGAUUCGUCCUGCUGUAGCUGCUGCUAGGGGUUACUCGUCUGCGGCAAAAGAGAUGACUGUUAGAGAGGCUCUAAACUCUGCACUUGAUGAGGAAAUGUCUGCUGAUCCAAAAGUGUUCCUCAUGGGUGAAGAGGUCGGGGAAUAUCAAGGUGCUUACAAGAUAUCUAAAGGUCUCCUGGAGAAGUAUGGGCCUGAGAGGGUUCUUGAUACCCCAAUUACGGAGGCUGGUUUUACUGGGAUUGGAGUUGGCGCUGCUUAUUAUGGUUUGAGGCCAGUUGUGGAGUUUAUGACAUUUAACUUCUCUAUGCAGGCAAUUGACCAUAUCAUUAAUUCUGCUGCAAAGUCAAACUACAUGUCUGCUGGUCAGAUAUCGGUUCCUAUUGUUUUCAGGGGACCUAAUGGUGCUGCAGCUGGAGUUGGUGCCCAACACUCGCAAUGUUAUGCAGCAUGGUAUGCCUCCUGCCCAGGCUUAAAGGUGCUGGCCCCAUACUCAUCUGAGGAUGCUCGUGGCCUGCUAAAAGCUGCCAUCCGGGACCCUGAUCCUGUGGUUUUCCUCGAAAAUGAAUUAUUAUAUGGUGAAUCAUUCCCUAUUUCAGCUGAAGCCGUAGAUUCAAGCUUCUGUCUUCCUAUUGGUAAAGCAAAGAUUGAGAGAGAAGGAAAAGAUGUGACUAUUACAGCAUUCUCAAAAAUGGUCGGCCUAGCCCUAAAGGCGGCUGAGAUACUUGCAAAGGAAGGAAUUAGUGCUGAGAUUAUAAACUUACGCUCAAUUAGACCUCUUGAUAGAGCCACGAUAAAUGCUUCAGUAAGGAAAACGAACAGGCUCGUAACACUCGAGGAAGGGUUUCCUCAGCACGGCGUUGGCGCUGAGAUCUGCACAUCGGUUAUUGAGGAAAGCUUUGGGUAUCUCGAUGCACCAGUUGAGAGGAUCGCCGGGGCUGAUGUUCCCAUGCCUUAUGCAGCCAACCUAGAGAGAUCGGCAGUUCCUCAGGUUGAAGACAUUGUCCGUGCAGCGAAGAGAGCUUGCUACCGAGCCGUUCCCAUGGCUGCCACUGCUUAAGUUUAAGAAGUACAGUUUGAAGAACUUCUGAGGUCUCGAGGUUGAACGGCACUUUCCUUUAUUUUGUUAGAGACCUGUCUUGGGAGUGACCAUCUGGCAAAGGUGCCUGGUGUGGGUAUGUCUUUUGCUGUUCAUCUGGUUCUUAGCUUUUCACAUUGUUCUGGUAGGAAUUCGACCUGAGCAAAAAGGAAAAGGAAAAAAGAAUCUCACUCUUCUCCACAUAAGUGUACAAUCUCCCAUACUCAUCCUGAAGGAGGUGCUUCUCCUGAAUUACUUUUGAGAACGCUGAUGGCGGUGGGAACAUUCUUUUUUGGAUUGCUUAUCGGUUAAGGUUAAUUGUAUCUGUCUCUCAAUAAAAUGUUGCCAAGUUGGUAUUUUCGUUUUGGUUCUC